AUGAACACCGUUCAAUUGAUUGCCACCGCGGUUGUCCUUGGCCUUGUGCAGCUGGCGAGCGGGCAGGUCGUAUCGACCGGUACCUGCCAGGACUACCCGGUGCACGUGAACUUUGACGUUCCGCGUUAUCUUGGGCUCUGGUACGAGAUCCGUCGGUACGAGCAGGCAUUCCAGAUCGGUGGCGAGUGCGUGACGGCCGAAUACUCGCUGAAUGCCGAUGGCAGUGUGCGCGUCUUCAACUCGAUGCGGCCCCGCGAUUCCGCAACGGGAACCCGCCAGUCCGAUACUGGCCGUGCCGUCGUUGCCUUCCCCGAUGAGUCUCCAUUGGAGGCGAAGCUGAACGUUACCUUCGAUGCGACCGCUGUCGAUGUGACGGCCAACUACUGGGUGCUCGGUACGGAUUACGAUAACUUUGCCGUCGUCUGGGGAUGCUUCGGUGUCGGAACUACUCUGCGCGCCGAAAGCGCGUGGGUUCUUUCCCGUACGCCUCAGCUGUCCGCUGCAUCGGAGGCCCAGGUUCAGCAGUUCGUCGAUCAGUUCCUCGUUGAGUCGAAUCUCCGACCGACUAUCCAGGAUGCACAGUUCUGCUGUACGAAUGAUCCCGAGGUGACUGCUUACCCACAGUGUUCUUAA